UGCCCGGGGCCAGAAUGCCCGCCUGGGGGAUCCUGCCCGUCACCCUGCCCGCCGUCACCAUCACCGGCAUGUGGAUCGUGUAUGCUAUGGCGCUCUCCAAUAACCACAUCUGCCCAGUCCACAACUGGAUUUAUAACCAGUCCUGUGGCCUGGACGGCCCCAUUUCAUGCUGCACUCUGGAUCACAUUCCUCUGGUCAGCAAGUGUGGCACCUUCCCUCCAGAGAGCUGCUUCUUCAGCCUGAUCUGCAGCCUGGGCUCGUUCAUGGUGAUGCUCGUUGGCCUGCUGAGAUACGCCCAUGUCAUUGAGUGCUGCGGGCCGUCCCUCCUCAACACCCUGGGGCUGGCAGCAGGCUGGAUCUGUGCCGCCGGCCUCACCAUGGUUGGCAACUUUCAGGUGGACUAUGCCAAAGUGCUGCAUUACAUUGGCGCAGGUGUGGCAUUUCCUACCAGCAUGCUCUUUGUGUUCCUGCAGUCGGUUCUGACUUAUCGCAUGGCGAAAACCAGGGGCCACUACUGGACCGGUCACUUGCGCAGCAUCCUCUCCGCUCUGGCGUUCAUCACCCUUGUCUUCAGUGGCGUGUUCUUCGUCCAGGAGAGUUUUGUGCUGCAGCACGUGGCCGCUCUGUGCGAAUGGAUUUUCAUCAUAAAUGUCCUUGUCUUCUACGGCACCUUCACUUUUGAGUUCGGAGCCAUCUCCACAGACACGUUCCUGGUGCUUCUGAAAGCCAGCCAGGCUCCCAAGAGCUACAAAUCCGACAGCAGCACAGCCAGCACGCCGCACGGCCACAGCCACUCCGAGGGCCUGGCCAUGGUCUGAGGGGACCUGACCUCGUCCCUGGAGAGCUGGGACUGGCAGAUCAGCCAGACCAAAAAUCCAGACAUUGCCAGUGAUUCUCUUGCCUUGAACAUAUCCAGGAACCAAAGUGCCUCCAAUUUGGGGGGGAGUCCCCUUCUGACUCAUGCAGACAAUACACUAAGAACAUCUGGACCUGCAGCCCCAGUGCCUUUCAGGGGCUUUUUACCUCCCAUCAAAGAGCUCUCCCUGCAGGAGCAGAGAGAUGCUAAAAGGGGAUAGCGGGGAGGGGCAGGGAGUAAAUGGGACUCUGAGGUGGAAGCAGGAUUAAGGUACUUGGUGCUCUAGAAGUCCUAGGGUUACCCUUCCUUGAUGGUGAGACAAAGAGACAAUCCAAGCAUGAGCUGCCCUUACAGAGAGACGUUUAGCGUGGCCUGUGGGCUGGGUUUGGGGUGGGGAGUCUGCCCCCUUAUAAAUAUA